GGAAAGAUGAAGAAGAUUGAACAGCCCUUCUCGGUUUCCCCUCCCUCUUUCUCUCUCACACUCUCCCGUCAUCAUGGGUGUUCCAAUCUCUAGGGACGGGUUAAUAGGAUCCCCACUCCUGAGAGUCUGAGACCUUGCUCUUCUUCGGCAUGGCGGCAAGAGCCACCUGGGGUUCCCACCCGCCUUGCCUCUUCCUGACCAGCUCUCGGUGGCACCCUGCUGCUUUCCGCUCUUUGAAGCCCUUUCCUCUUGACUCGCCGCUGACCCGUUCGAGACGCAGGAUUCGUUGUUGCGCCUCACCGACGAUCGGACCUUUUGACGAUGGACCUAAAAGUAUUGGUUCUGGGGAGGACGGGCCGGUCUUGGCCAGGGAGGAGCAGAUUGUGGGGAGCGCUGAAGGGGGACAUAUCAGUUUGGGGGGGAAUCUGCAGGGUGGUAUCUGGCAGCAGGUGAAGGAUAUCGCAAUGUUUGCUGCUCCGGCGACCGGCCUCUGGCUAUGCAGCCCGAUGAUGAGUCUCAUCGACACGGCAGUCGUCGGGCAGAGCAGUGCGGUGGAGCUCGCGGCUUUAGGGCCGGGAACGGUUGUUUGUGAUUACAUGAGCUUCGUAUUCAUGUUCCUGUCAAUCGCUACCUCCAACCUGGUUGCUACUUCUCUUGCAAGAAAGGAUAGAGAGGAAGCUCAAGAACACAUAUCAAUGCUACUUUUUAUUGCCUUAGUGUGCGGUUUUGGGAUGCUUUUUGUUAUGAAAUUGUUCGGCAACCAGAUAUUAAGUGCUUUUAUUGGACCCAAGAAUGUACAUAUAGUGCCUGCUGCGAGCUCAUACAUUCAGAUUCGGGGCUUGGCAUGGCCUGCAGUUCUUGUGGGUAUGGUUGCUCAAAGUGCAAGUUUGGCAAUGAAAGAUUCUUUUGGUCCAUUGAAGGUCUUGAUUAUUGCUAGUUUAGUGAAUGGGUUUGGAGAUAUUAUAUUGUGCAGUUUCUGGCAUUAUGGAAUUGCUGGUGCUGCAUGGGCCACAAUGGUUUCGCAAUUUAUUGGAGCAGUUUUGAUGAUUGACUCUUUAAACAAGUCUGGUUUCAGUGCUUUCCGGCUGUCAAUUCCAUCACCAAGUGAACUUUUGCAAAUAGUUGAGCUUGCAGCUCCUGUAUUCAUAACUAUGUUUUCCAAGGUGGCAUUUUAUUCAUUUCUUACUUAUUUUGCUACGUCAAUGGGGACAAUUACUCUUGCUGCACAUCAGGUUAUGAUUGGAGUGUACAGCAUGUGUGGUGUAUGGGGCGAGCCUCUCUCUCAGACAGCACAGUCAUUUAUGCCAGAGUUGAUAUAUGGUGCGAAAAGGAAUUUAGAGAAGGCAAGAAUGCUGCUGCAGUCCCUUGUGACCAUUGGGAUUAUUGCUGGAUGUAUAUUGGCAACUAUCGGCACAGUGGUUCCAUGGCUCUUUCCUUAUAUUUUCACAAGUGAUCUUGGUGUCAGCAGUGAGAUGAGAACUGUUCUUUUGCCUUACUCUGUCGCUAUACUGAUUACACCACCAACACUUAGCCUUGAAGGAACCUUACUGGCUGGGAGGGAUCUUGCGUUCCUGAGCUUGUCGAUGAUCAGUUGCUUUUGUCUAGGUGUCCUACUAUUGCUUACUGUCAACAAAGGAUUUGGUCUACCAGGCUGUUGGUGGGCACUGUCCGUAUUCCAAUGGGUCCGGUUUUUAGCUGCAUUCCGGCGAUUGACUUCCCCUCAAAGCAUGUUAUUCUCUGCUGAACUCAUCAACAAAAAUCUUGGCGAGCUAAAAGCUACGUAGACUUCCCAUUAUGUCCUUUCCUUCAUUGGUUGGUCUUAACAAAGCAUAUCGUUCAUGGAUGAAUUCGGUGCAGAGAAUCUUGGCGAGCUGAAAGCUACAAUGGCCUUCCUCUUGGUGGCUGGUUUGCCUUGACUGCUUAUCGCAUACGAUAAGGCUCGUAUCUGGGUUCCAGGUUUACUACAAACAUGACACUAGCCCAAGAUGACAUCAGUCUGAUUAUUGUUUCUCAGUUUGCUGCUCCAUUUAAUAAGCAGCCACCGGAAGCUGGUCUCUCGCUCAGCAGAAUGCCACCAAAAUAUCAAUUUAUAAAUGGUUCAUGGAACAUUCAAGUAGAUUUUCAUCCUUAUUCUUUUUGCACCAUGUAUAAGGUGCAACUGCUAUACGUAAAGAGUUACGAAAGUAGCUAAACAAAAUUGCUGGGAUAUUGUAAUUUUCUUAAGGCAUCAUUUAUUUACCGUUUGUUCAA